UCUCAUCACUUACUCUCUCUCUCUUUUUUCUAUCUUUUUCCUUUCCCUCUCAAGUUAGAAAACAAAUGGCGUCAAACUCUACAAGUUCGACCUCUUCAUGGACGUUCCAUCAGAACAAGAUGUUCGAGAGGGCCUUGGCAAUUUACGACAAGGACACACCCGACCGUUGGCACAAUGUGGCGAAAGCUGUCGAAGGGAAAUCUGUAGAGGAAGUGAAGCAUCACUAUGACAUUCUCGUCGAGGAUCUCAUCAACAUCGAGUCUGGUCGUGUCCCUUUGCCCAAAUACAAGACCAUGGAAUCUAAACCAAGAGGCACCAGCGACUUCGACACAAGGGUGAUGAAGAAGAAUUUGAAGAUCUAAGUUGAUGACUGACAUCAACGUGAAGAUAUAGGAGUUUAUGUAUCGAAGUAAAGAAGGCCUAGUAAAAAAGAUUCAUAGUGAUUAUGUGAUUUUUGAUGUCUUCUGAUUAAGUUUGUGUUCAUCAUUCGCUUUCGUAUUUGUCUCUCUUUUUAUUUUAUGUUUGUUGGAUCAGAAGUUCAGAACAUGUCAUAUUUGUCUUAAUUUGUGUUAUAUUUUAAUUGAAGAAAAUUAAAAACUUUGGCUGUGUGUUUUGUAAA